AUGCCUCGGGGACAGAAGAGCAAGCUCCGAGCUCGCAAGAAGCGCCAGCAGACCCGCGGUGUGGCCCAGGGUGCCAAGGCUGCCCAGGCCGUUGGGGAAGAGGAAGAAGAGUCUCCCUCCUCCUCUCCCGUUCGCGAGGGAACUCCCCCUAGCUCCCCUCGAUCCUACGCUGCCCAGGGGUGUCUGAGAGGCCGCGCGUCUAGCUCUCCUGAGGCAGGUAGUUCUGAUGGCAGUUCGGAUGUCGAUGAGGGAUAUAGGGCAGGCUCUUCCCAGGUCUCCCUCAGAGAUCCUCUGAACAGGAAGGCGAGUAUGUUGGUGCAGUUCAUCAUGGAGAAGUAUAAAAAGCGAGAGCCCAUCGUGCAGGCAGACAUGCUUAAGGUUGUCAAGAGAAAGUAUAAGAAGCAUUUCCCUGAGAUCCUCAGGAGAACCUCUGAGCGUGUUGAGCUGAUCUUUGGCCUUGAGUUGGAGGAAGUCGACCCCAUUAGUCGCUCCUAUGUCCUCAUCAACAAGCUCAGCCUCUCCAGUGAGGAUGAGGUGAGUGGUGAAAGGGUGUUGCCCAAGACAGGGCUCGUGAUGACACUCUUGGCUGUGAUCUUUAUGAAGGGCAACCGUGCCACUGAGGCGGAGAUGUGGGAGUUCCUGAAUGCUCUGGGGAUAUAUGCUGGGAGGAGGCACUCAAUCUUUGGGGAGCCCCGGAAGCUCAUCACCGAAGAUCUGGUGCAGGAAAAUUACCUGGAGUACCGUCAGGUGCGCUUUAGGAGUCCUCCAGUCUAUGAAUUCGUAUGGGGUCCCAGAGCACAUGCUGAGACUACCAAGAUGAAAGUCCUGGAAGUUUUGGCCAAGAUCAAUGACACUGUCCCUCGCUGCUACCCUGAUCUCUAUGAGGAGGCUUUAAGAGAUGAGCAAGAGAGAGCAGAACUGCAAGCUGCAGGCAGGGCCUCCACGGUUGCCAGGUCCAGGGUGGGUUCUAAGGCCAAGUCCCGCAGGUCCUCCCACACCUAA